AGACCGUGAAUGUUUCAUUUAGUGUACCGUGAUGUCCGUAGAGCCGUGUGUUGUAUUGUUAUAAAAUGGCCAGCAACAUCGUAGCCGAAUGGUUACGAUCCCUGCAACUGAGCCAAUAUGCGGAAAGUUUUGUGGACAACGGAUACGACGAUCUCGAGAUCUGCAAGCAGGUUGGUGAUCCCGACUUGGAUGCAAUAGGAGUAAUCAAUCCCGUGCACCGCGUAAGACUUUUGCAGUCGGUAAGAUCAUUACGCGAAGAAGGGGCCGCAUCCGUCUAUUUCACCCUCGAGGAAAGUGUAGCGGUUCUGCAAGAAUGUUUGUGCGGUCAAGUGAAGUGCACUUGUUCUUCUGCUAACGGACUAGAAAAAGAAGCCACACCGAGCCCGUCUUCAGGAGUCGUAGUCGCAUCCUCCAUUGACAACGCGCCGGAUAACGUCGUGAAAUACUUGGACGAGUACGAGGAAGGCAAAGCUGAACUCGUUAAAAUACCAAGAAUACAAUUAAAAAUUUUGCUCAGACAAAAGCUCAAGCACGAUGGGAUCCGGUUGGGCUGUCAACCUUAUUCGACUCCGGAAGGAAACCCAGGAUAUAUUGAAGGAUUAGCUUCGCGAUACGCGGAUCUUUUCAACACGCACUAUGGCGAUAUAUUGGCUCAUUUGGAGUACCUUCGUCUAUUGGAGUGGACAAAAUCAUCCCCGAAAGAAGAAAUUGUAAACAGUCCAAGCACACAAAAGCUCCCCAUUUACAAUAGCUCCGACGAAAAUGAAAUUGUGUCCGCUGGUCAAGGAAUUCCGUCAUCGCAGUCACAACCGCUCUAUGUUCCAGGAAAAUAUUUACCCUCCAGUUGCAUUACCGACAAAGAUGAAGACGAAAUAUAUGGUUUUGCCUAUGGAGUAUAUUCAGCUCAAAUUGCCAAACAACAACAGCAGAAACUAUUAGGUUCAGUGGCUAUCAUUAACCAACAACCUACUGAAAUACAGCAGCAACAUAACUUUCAAACAUGCCUUUCCCCAAGAUCUGCUUACUUUUAUGAGUUUCCGCCUAAUGAACGAAACUGCAUGAACACUGGAAAACGAAAAACGACAUUCUCAAGAAUUCUGCAAAGCUUUAAGACUUCCCAUCGAAAAGAAAAAAAUCGAACUGUAAGAGAAGUUCCUCAAAGGGUCGACACACCGGAUAGCGUAUUACAGAGUGGUCUGGAGGUAAAUGAUCAUGGACAACACGUAUUACGAUCCAUGGUCGAUCCAUGCGAUUAUGACAGACUUCGGAAUCUGCAACUAAAUGGAGAAACACCCAACACCUUCGAAGAAACCAUUUAUAAGCUGAAAUUACAAGAAGCUCUAAGAAAAAGGGAAAAAUUUACGAAAGACCAUGAAGAUAUUUUGCGUGACAUCAAGCAAGGCCUAAUAAAAAUGGAAAAGAAAGAUGACACAUACAUGUAUGACGAAGACGCGAAAAUGCUCUUACCCGCAGAAUCAAACAACGACCGAGUGCAUUGGUACGAUGAACCUCCUUACGAAAGCGACCCCGAGGACUUCUUAAUGGGAAGCAGUACAGGUCCGACGGCCACCAUUCAAAAUGGACUGGUCUGCUUCACAUUAAACUUACGUCAAAACCCUUUGGAAGGUGGCGUCAUGUCUACGAGAAGUGCGGGCGACAUUUCAUUGGCCAGAGGAGCGCAAAAUAUCGCGAGAGUUUGUCGGGAAGAACCUCCAUGUAAUGAAGUGCAAAGUAUGAGCUCUAGAUUGUCGAAUUUGUCGGUGGAAACAACCAGAUCCGGGCAGGAAGAAAGUCAAUUAAAUUCGCCGCAGUAUCAGACUUUUUUAGAAGAUAUUAAUCCUAGUUAUAGAAAGCCCACGUUCUAUGAUGGUUCGAUUAUUAGUCAGCAAUCCGCCACAAUACAUGUGCGAAGUGAUGGUAGAUGCGCUGGUAUGUCAGCGAUAGUUGGAAAAGUAAAAAACCUUAAGAAUGACGUCCAAAGAACAAUAAUGAAAUUAAAAGGAGAAACGAGAGAACAAAGCACAGAACUGACAAUUCCUUGUUCCACAAGCUCAAUCGAAAGUAUACCUAGUGGAUCAGGAUCAAGUACUCAAGCAUUAGUGCGAGAAGAUAGCAAUCAAAGUUCUAUGUCCGCAGAAGAUGAUCUAAAUUAUGAACCUAUCAUUGCAAGAGCUAAAGCUUUAAUUGAUCACAAUCCAAAUCCAUAUGAUAAAGAAGCUCUACAGUUUAAAGCUGGAGAUAUAAUCGAUAUAACUUCAAUGAAUGCUGGUGGUCAAUGGAGAGGCAUAUGCAAUGGUAAAAAAGGAAUAUUUAAGUUUAUAAACGUUGAGAUUUUAUCAAACAGGAACUUAAAUUCAAAAAGAGCAAUCAAAUUGCAUAGAAAUAUCAAAGGAAAACCAACCUCUGUAGAAGACUUACUGCAAAAGUUAAACUUACAAGAGUAUAUGUCAGUUUUUAUUUUAAAUGGAUACGAGGAUUUAGAACUGUUCAAAGAAAUUGAAGCCACUGACUUGGAUUACUUGGGUAUAAUAAAUGUUGAUCAUAGAUCAAAAAUAUUGACUGCUGUUCAGGUCCUACAUGAUUUGGAUUCUCAAAGUGAAGAAGAUAUGUCGGAACCGAUUAAAGAAUGUGAAUAUGUCAAUAAAGAGUACAACGUAAAACUAAGUGAAACGUGUGUAUCGUUUAAGAGAGGCCAACAUUUUAGGGAUUCCGGAUGUUACGAUGCGAGCGUGAAGAAUGCGACUUUGCAUCAGAGUUCGUCUCAAGUGGAAUCGGACUUAAGUGAUAAUAAUGUAGCAUAUUGUGAUAAAAAUAAUUUAGAUUUAGUAGUAAAACAAUGCAAUAAUGAAAUUUUAGCUAGAGUAAAGCGUAAUCAAAACUCCCAUCCCCUUGAAGAUGAGCUAAGCACAUCGAGUAUUAAAUAUUCCACAAGUACUAUAGACAUACACAAAAAGUAUAAUGUUAGCGAAAACGUAGCAGUAGAGUCUUGUCAAAAAAACGUACUAAAUAAACCAAUCAAUCAAAAGACUAACGAAACCGAACAAAACAUAUCUUUGGUUAAACCUCUGGAAUCAAAUAUUCUUGCCAAACAUUGCCUCAGUGAAAAUUCUAGUGAUUCAGGGGUCAGCAGCAGCUCAUUCACUUCGGGUAAUAUCAAAGACUUUCGACAAACCGUCCUAUCUCAGCAUUUAGUACACAAUUCCCUGAGAAGGGAAGCUUUCAACAGUGCCAAUUACUUGUCCACGACUGCUAAUCGCGAAAAAUAACGAAAAUAAUGAUUUCCUAGAUCAGCUUUAUAUACGUUUAUACUUAAUUAUUAUACUACUAUUAAAUACAUAGCGUUUCAUAUAAAAACCAUGCAAACGAAGAACUCCAAAUUUUAAAGACUACUCUAAAAAGGUUUAGUCUUUUUUGUAGUCUUAACCUUUUACAGUAUAUGGCAUUCCACGCCAAAUCGGAUG